AUGACGUUGAGUUCGGACGAAGGCGAGAUCGUCGAGAAUUGCGCAGAAGAUUUGAAGGCAACUUCACUGCAGCACACUGGAGGAAGCAGUGUUGACCGUCAAAACAGACAAAAAGAUAGACUUUCGACUCCAGACCACGACACGGCUUCCAGAUACAGCAACGGUUCACGACGAAGCAUUUCACCCCGUGGCUACAAGCGACCUCACGACGAUAGAGGCAGAGACAGAGAUUACCACAACCCCCGAUCUCGCGACCAAGACCAUCGAAACUCUCGCCACAACUACGAGGACCGUCGACGCGAUGAUCCUCGCAAGUCUCGUGGACAGUACGAUGACCUCGACCGACCUGCACCGCGCACUUCCAACUACGGCUAUGGUGGCCGCGACCGGAGCCGCGACCGAGACAGCUAUCGCGAUGGAGACCGAGAUCGGUAUUCCAAUAAACGACCUCGAAACAGGAGUCGCUCUCCUCAGAAAUCCCGACGCGCAGACAGGGGCAGAUUUGAUCGGUUUGCAAAAGAAGGCCAGCACGAUCAUCGCAACGAUGGGCCGAGAGGACUCACUUACGAUGAUAGCUCACGGGAUGGUGGUUCAAUGUCCAAGAGGACGACAGUAGGAGAGGCUUCACACGCCCGAGGACAUGAUGCUAAACCUGAACAAGGCCUUACCAAUGGACAUGGCCCCUCCACGACUUCUCAGCAACAACCCGAACGAAAACCAGAGCCUGAGCCUGAGCCCGAUUAUGAAGAGCCUGAACCUGUUGACGAAGAAGCUGAAAUUGAACGACGCCGCAAGCGACGUGAGGAGAUCCUGGCCAAGUCCAGUUCGGCAACUCCUCUCCUGCUCCAUGCUGUAGGAGCUGCGGCCAGCAAAGCACGCGCAGCAUCUCCUGCAACCCCUGUGCCCGACACGCCCGCAAAGACUCAAUCUGAGAUUGAGAGCCCUUGCACCCCUCGAUCGGACAUCGCAUCACCUCGCUCACCCGCAUCUCAUGUUGAAAUGUCACCUGGGGGGAUUAAUCUCCUUGACGACAACCAACUAAUGAAUUCUCAUGGAAAGGUUCAGGAACAUGACGAGGAUGGGCCAUCGGCAGCUGACUACGACCCUACUAGGGACAUGAAGGAGGAUGAGCGACGAGAUGAACUCCGACAUGGACAUGUUGUACUUCAUGGUGAGCAGCAUCCUAUUGCAACAAAACCACAGCCUCAGGAAAAAGACCAAGAAAAGCCGGCUGAAAAUGCCGGCGGCGAAGAUGAUGACGACGACUUUGAUAUGUUUGCCGACGAUUUCGAUGAGGAGAAAUAUGCUACCAAGCCCGUCGAGCCUGUAGCACCUAUCGAGGGUGACGGCAAAGCCCCUGACAUGCCAAACAUCAAGGGGGGUAUUCUUGAAGGCGACGACAAGGAUGGAUACUACAAGAUCCGUAUUGGUGAAGUUCUGAACGGUCGAUAUCAAAUCCAAGCAGCACUUGGACGGGGUAUGUUUUCAGGUGUCGCCCGUGCCGUCGACAUAACCACAAAGCAGAUUGUUGCCAUCAAGAUGAUGCGAAAUAACGAUGCCCUGAGAAAGGGAGGCUACACUGAGAUUGCCAUCCUGGAGAAGCUCAACGAGGCUGACCCUGAGGGACGUAAACACAUCAUCAAGUUUGAACAUUCGUUUGACUACAAGGGCCAUCUGUGUAUGGUAUUCGAGAACUUGAGUAUGAACCUGCGAGAAGUUCUCAAGAAGUUUGGCAACAACGUAGGCAUCAACCUCGGAGCGACACGAGCAUAUGCAUACCAGAUCUUUGUGGCUCUGGCUCAUAUGCGAAAGUGCAGCAUUAUCCAUGCUGAUCUCAAACCCGACAACAUUUUGGUGAAUGAAAGCCGUAACGUGCUCAAGAUUUGUGAUUUAGGUACAGCCAUCGACAAGACCGAUGCGGCGACUGCGCAUAUGGAUAUUACACCAUAUCUCGUCAGUCGAUUUUACCGAGCACCGGAGAUUAUCUUGGGUAUCCCUUACGACUACGCGGUUGACAUGUGGUCCAUCGGCUGCACGCUGUACGAGAUGUACACGGGCAAGAUCCUCUUUGCUGGCGACAGCAACAACCAGAUGCUCAAGGCCAUUAUGGAGAUCAGAGGAAGGUUGACGCCGAAGUUGUUUAAGCGAGGACAAUUGGCUCCUGUUCAUUUCGAUGACAAGGGCCAAUUCGUCAGCGUCGAACGAGACAAGGUUUUAGACAAGGUUGUUUGUUGUUGUUAUUGUUUUUCGUCAUCCUCCACUCCUUACGUCUGCAUCCAAGCGCCAUAUGGCCACUGUAUGUGUGGCCUAACACGCGAUGUCUAA